AUGUCCGACUCCGGCACCUCCUCCGCGGACAUUAUCACCUACAUCGGUGUGCCUCUAGCAGUGCUUGGCGUGCUGCCUAUCCUCUACAAUACCGUAGCAACUCUCGCCGCCCGCUCACGUAUCCUGCGCAUGCUCCGCCAUGCCCGACUAACAGCACUCACCCGCCCAGACGUCGUGAACCGUGUAAUCGAAGUUGAUUUGCCGCGUUACGCCGUCACGCCGUGGGAUCGCUUCGACAACCGUGAAGAGAACUGGUCUCUCGCGCGGCAUCCGUCGUCUAUCCCCGGCGGUAGCUGGGCGGUGUUCAACUGGCGCACCAAUACCAUUGGCCUCAAGACCCAGCGGGUGGAAUACGCAGACCAGCUAUGCCAGCCGCAGGUCGAUGUCAGCUUCGACGAGUUGAUAUGCUAUCUCCUUGAUCUCGGUGCCGUCCCGGAUCCUCACGGCUGGAGGUUACUACGAAGCACCGGUCUGUGGACUCCUGUUGGCUGCACUCUCAUGAAGAGUCCCGACGACCAAGAGAAAGCCCUCGCGAUUGCGUCCUUGAACGAUUCAGAUGGCCAUCUGUCCCUCUCGCUAAGUUGGUCUUCCCACUGGACGACCAGGAGUCAUGAAUCCCUUCCCCCGUACUGGACCAAAGACGAUGCUGUCGCUACCAAAAAGGCACCGUCCUACACCCCCUCGCUCGACUCCAUCUCUCGCGCCGUCGCAACCAACGCGCACAAGCCCAUAGCCUGUAAAAUCUCCAGCCACGGCCUCAUCAGCGCCAUCCCGGAAGACGACGACCACCCGACCACCAGCCUCUACAUCGAGCACAUCCGCGUGCGCCCCGGUUCCUCCACGGGCGUGUGGUUCGCCAGCGCCGCCACAGCCUACGGCACCUCGAGCUCGACAAUCCUGUGGAACUACCGCAUUCCAGACGACAUUCUCGCAUUUGCCCGCGGCUCUUCCGUGCCAUGCCGCGUGUUGGAGCUGCUAGGUAUAGUCGACGACUCGCAGACGCCAGAAUGGGCCUCGAAGCAUGAUGACUCGAGGCAUCACCUUGACCUGAUGAGCCGCCGCAUGCGCGAGCAGCGCAAUGCCAUAGCAGCGGAGUCACGCAUGAGCCGGGCCGACCGAGAACACGCCGCGCGGGACCGCAUGUGCAUGGAGAACGAGCAACGACUGGACGAUCUCCGGGAUCGCAUGCGUCUCGACACGCAACGCCGGGAAACCCGUGCCCACGAGGCGAUCCAGUCCCCGAAAUGGGACGCCGCGCUUGUUGCGUCACACAACCUCCACUGGCUCCAGCAGCAUGGCCUGGUCUCCUCGGACCCGAUCAGCGGUUCCUUACGAGCCGUUGCCGCAGGGCUCCUGCAUCGGAUGAUCCUGGAUGGCGAGUUUGCCGGCGAGAUGAGCAGGAUGCUCGACCAAUGGAAGGCGUGGGCCGAGAAUGGCGGCUUGCGCAAGUCGGAUCUCGAGGCGCUGCGGGAAAGCCUGAAGAGCUUUGCGCUGGCGAGCUUGCUGCUUGCGGUGAUUAAGGACGUCGGGGCCGCCGCGGAGGGGUCGUUGAGCAUGGACUUACAGGAAUGUUUAAGGAUGUGGCGGCAGGUAAGGCUGGGGUGA